AGGAUGGGACUUCACUGCCUUUCCAGGCAGCCUGCUUAGAUUUAAGCAGCUACCACCAAGCCCAAACUGCCUGGCUCCCCUGGGAUCUGGUGCAAGUCCUGUCCCCACUGUGGUUGCUUCUGCAGGUUGUCCCCUUCUGCUUCUUCUUCUGGUGUCCUGGAGGUCAUGGUUGCUCCAGGGGAGCUACAGUCCUUCCUUACUUCUGUCCCUUCCUUUGUGAAGGGACAGCUCUAAUGGCAGCCACAUGCUGUGAUGAGUCAUGGUUAAGAGCAGCAUCUGGGGCCAGGAGGUGGUGGCUGGUUAACUCUUCAUGGGCCAGUGGCUCUCUCUGCCAGAAGAUCAGGUCAGGUGGAGACACUCGCCUCAGGGCUCGGUGCACAGUGGACAUUUGGGGAGUGUUGUGGGUGACCCCCACACAAGCGCUGGGAAUGCCGGGGAGAGGGGGCCAAGAGGGGAAGUGGCCAGAGUGUUGGCUUUGGAUUCAGGAGGGAUGGAUUCCAGUCCUAGCUUGCCACUUACUAGGACUCCUGAGAGCAGCCUCCACGAGGCCCUGGACCAGUGCAUGACCGCCCUGGACCUUUUCCUCACCAACCAGUUCUCAGAAGCACUCAGCUACCUCAAACCCAGAACCAAGGAAAGCAUGUACCACUCACUGACGUAUGCCACCAUCCUGGAGAUGCAGGCCAUGAUGACCUUUGACCCUCAGGACAUCCUGCUCGCCGGCAACAUGAUGAAGGAGGCACAGAUGCUGUGUCAGAGGCACCGGAGGAAGUCUUCUGUAACAGAUUCCUUCAGCAGCCUGGUGAACCGCCCCACACUGGGCCAAUUCACUGAAGAGGAAAUCCACGCUGAGGUCUGCUAUGCAGAGUGCCUGCUGCAGCGAGCAGCCCUGACCUUCCUGCAGGACGAGAACAUGGUGAGCUUCAUCAAAGGUGGCAUCAAAGUUCGAAACAGCUACCAGACUUACAAUUCUCAGGAUCACCAGAACUGUAUGAAUCCACCACCAGGGAGUUUACCUGAGGCCCAGCUGGAAGGGGUCCCAGCCCCUACCCCCCACCCCCAGCAGUGGCUGAAACAGGACUUGGCAUCUCUCUACAGGGAGCUGGACAGCCUUGUCCAGUCCUCACAAUACUGCAAGGGUGAGAACCACCCGCACUUUGAAGGAGGAGUGAAGCUCGGUGUGGGGGCCUUCAACCUGACAUUGUCCAUGCUUCCUACUAGGAUCCUGAGGCUGCUGGAGUUCGUGGGCUUUUCAGGAAACAAGGACUAUGGGCUGCUGCAGCUGGAGGAGGGCGCGUCAGGACACAGCUUCCGCGCUGUGCUGUGUGUCAUGCUCCUGCUGUGCUACCACACCUUCCUCACCUUCGUGCUCGGUACUGGGAAUGUCAACAUCGAGGAGGCCGAGAAGCUCUUGAAGCCCUACCUGAACCGGUACCCUAAGGGCGCCAUCUUCCUGUUCUUCGCAGGGCGGAUUGAAGUCAUUAAAGGCAACAUUGAUGCAGCCAUCCGGCGUUUCGAGGAGUGCUGUGAGGCCCAGCAGCACUGGAAGCAGUUCCACCACAUGUGCUACUGGGAGCUGAUGUGGUGCUUCACCUACAAGGGCCAGUGGAAGAUGUCCUACUUCUACGCCGACCUGCUCAGCAAGGAGAACUGCUGGUCCAAGGCCACCUACAUUUACAUGAAGGCCGCCUACCUCAGCAUGUUUGGUGAGGAGGAGUACAAGCCGUUCGGGGACAACGAAGUGGAAUUAUUUAGAGCUGUGCCAGGCCUGAAGCUCAAGAUUGCUGGGAAAUCUCUACCCACAGAGAAGUUUGCCAUCCGGAAGUCCCGGCGCUACCUCUCCUCCAACCCUAUCUCGCUGCCAGUGCCUGCUCUGGAAAUGAUGUACAUCUGGAACGGCUACGCUGUGAUUGGGAAGCAGCCGACACUCACAGAUGGGAUGCUUGAGAUCAUCACCAAGGCGGAAGAGAUGCUGGAGAAAGGCCCAGAGAACGAGUACUCAGUGGAUGACGAGUGCUUGGUGAAACUGUUGAAAGGCCUGUGUCUGAAAUACCUGGGCCGUGUCCGGGAGGCCGAGGAGAAUUUUAGGAGCAUCUCUGCCAAUGAAAAGAAGAUUAAAUAUGACCACUACUUGAUCCCAAACGCCCUGCUGGAGCUGGCCCUGCUGUUUAUGGAGCAAGGCAGAAAUGAAGAGGCCAUCAAACUCUUGGAAUCUGCCAAGCAAAACUACAAGAAUUACUCCAUGGAGUCAAGGACACACUUUCGAAUCCAAGCAGCCACACUCCAAGCCAAGUCUUCCCUAGAGAACAGCAGCAGAUCCAUGGUCUCAUCAGUGUCCUUGUAGCUUUGUGCAGCAGUUCUGGGCUGGAAGACAAACAGACAGCUGGACAGAGCUCCUGGAAACAUUUCAAAAGAUCCCCUCCCCCUGCCCUGCCCUGCCUUUGGGGUCCACCGGCGCUCCGGUUGGAUGGCACGACAUGGGUAUCCGUGCAGAAGCCAAGCUGGCAUUUUCACCAGUGUGGCCAAGGGCCUUUGCCAAGGGCAGAGCAGGUGGAGCCCUCUGCCUGCCUAUCACACAUACGGGUACUUGCUUUUCACUGUGAUGUUUAAGAGAAUGUAUGAACAGUUUACAUUUUCCUUAGAAAUACAUUGAUGGGAUCACAGUUGGCUUUAAAAACCAACAACCACCAACCACCUGUAAGUCUUUGUCUUCACCUAUUAUCAUCUGGAGGUAAAUCUCUUUAUAUGAUGAUGCCAAAGGGCAAAUUGCUUUUCAAAUUCAGCAAGUUCUCAGCUUGUGUGACUGAAGGGCCUUCAGAGGACCUGAGGAGUGCCUGGGAGAGGCUGAGCCUCAGGCUUCAAUGCUUCUGGGGUUGGGCACGAGGAUGCACACAGACAUCCACUACUUUACUACUCACACUUCAUUUCACUCCUUUUGUAAAUUUCCAAUUUAAAAAUCAAGCACAUCUUUUUAGUGAGAUAAAAUCUGAGCUCUUGUGUAGAAAAAUCCAUCUCCACCAGUAGGAAAUGCCACAGCUUGAUGGAAGAGCUGUGUGGCCCUUUCUGUGCCAAAGCCAGGGAUUUUGGGGGGCAGGAGGAGGUUCUCAGAAUCCAGUCUGUGUCUUUGCUGUAUGCCAACCUGAAACCACUGGGAAUAAUUUAUGAAAGAUAAAAAUCUUCUGUACUUCACUCCAAGGUACAUUUACUUACUGACAGCAUUUUUCUUAGAACUGUUAUCCUUGA